AUGAAAAAGAAACACGGGGAUUGGGGAAUUCCAAACCGCCCCAGCAGGCAGCCCAAACUCCGUGAACAGACCGAGACCGACACGAUCGCCGGGGAACAUUUCCCGUGGCCCAAGCGUUUUUCGCGUUUCUCCCGCGUGCAACGGUGGCAGCUCGCGUCACGGGCGUGUCAGGAUAACAGUAUAGUUCACGAUCAUAAUAACCAUUGUGCUCAGUUUGUGAGAGAUCUACUCGAUCGGACAGAGGAAAAUCUGAUACUUGAGAAACAGGCAACGUCUGCGUUCGCCAAUCCCACGAUCAAUUUCCCCGACCGAGCAACCACGCAGGACCGUUGUGCUGUCAUUUCUGUCCGUGAAAGAAUCUCACGUUUGAUCACCACCUUAAACCCCGCCGUUUUCGCAAUUCAACCCCAGACUCGGGUCGCAAUCCCUCAGUUGAGCCUCAAAAUCUUCCUACAUUCGAUCGCCGUUACAGUCAUCUCGAAAAACGCCAACCUAGCAGCUAUGGGCAAGGGCAAGAAUGAGCCCGAUGCUGCCGCCGGUCGCAGUGCUGCGGGGGGUGCAAAGAAGGCGACCUCUACAGCAGCGAAUGGACUGAACCUAGCCUCCCCGCCCGGGUCGAGAACACCACCGAGCAUGCCCUCGAAAAAGACCCUGUUUUAUCCAGAUCUGCAGGGUAGCCAACAGAAAAGUCGCAAUAGCUCCGAGCCCAUUGAUCCCAAUGCGCUAGCCAAGGCGUUGAAAGAAUAUGAGGAUGCUGGCAACCCGCGCGAACGAACGCCCGGGACGAGUCCGAGUCGAAAGAGACAGAGAGUAUAUGGUGAUAGAUUCAUCCCAAACCGGGACGGACAGGAUCUUCAAGCGACCUAUAGUCUGCUUCAUGAAGACGGUUGUCCUUCUACCCCGUCGAAGUCGAAACGACGAACCCCGCAUUCAGAACUCCAUUUCCAAAAGACCGAAGAGGCAAAUAGAAUGUAUUCGCGAGUCUUGCGCAGCGAGCUGUUCGGAAAUACUGUGCCACAGGCAGAACUCGACUCGUUAUCGCCAGAUCCAUUGCUAGGACUCGGCAGCGGUAUCCUUGACAAAACUCGUUCUCACACUCCUCCCUCACACGUCGUGUCGAAUAUACCCCCCGCUAGCAUCACCCCCUCCACGCCCCACAAAAACCUCUUCAACUACGCCUCCCCUCGCACUGGCUCCGCCCAUCCCACACCUUCGAAGACGCCUCGCAGCCAACAUGGCCCGAACCUCAACGUCCGAUCCGAACUCUACAGUCUCUCUCCCAUCCGCUAUGAUAGUCAGCGCAUCCUCGAAACUCCGCGCAAGCAACCGCGCUACGUGAACAAAGUUCCGUAUAAGGUGCUAGAUGCGCCCGACUUGCAAGAUGAUUUCUAUCUUAACCUGGUGGACUGGGGCAGUAGUAACGUUCUAGGAGUGGGACUGGGCAACUCGGUUUACAUGUGGAACUCCCAGUCGGGACGAGUCACUAAACUCUGUGAACUGAAGGACGACACAGUCACUAGCGUCAGCUGGAUUCAGAGGGGAACACACCUUUCUAUCGGAACCGGAAAGGGACUUGUGCAGAUUUGGGAUGCAGAACGUUGUCGACGUCUUCGAACAAUGGUUGGACAUACCAACCGUGUGGGAGCUCUCGCAUGGAACGACCAUAUCCUCACGUCUGGAUCCCGAGAUCGGUUAAUCUUCCACCGUGAUGUCCGUUCUCCAGACCAAUACCUGCGCCGGCUCUCCGGUCACAAGCAGGAGGUCUGCGGGUUGAGAUGGAACACGGAAGACGGUCAAUUAGCUUCUGGCGGUAAUGAUAACAAACUGAUGGUGUGGGACAAGUUAAACGAAACGCCUCUUUAUCGGUUCUCUGACCACACCGCUGCCGUCAAGGCCAUAGCCUGGUCACCUCACCAGCACCAUCUACUUGCGUCGGGUGGAGGAACGGCCGAUAGAACGAUCAAAUUCUGGAACACAUCAACUGGCUCGAUGAUCAAGGAGGUCGACACAGGCAGCCAGGUCUGCAACUUGGCCUGGUCGAAGAACUCCGAUGAAAUCAUCAGCACCCAUGGUUACAGCCAGAACCAGAUCGUCAUUUGGAAGUAUCCGCGCAUGGAGCAGGUUGUCUCGCUGACCGGCCAUACCUUCCGUGUCCUCUACUUAGCCAUGAGCCCUGACGGCCAAACGGUAGUCACGGGAGCUGGAGACGAGACUUUGAGAUUCUGGAAGAUAUUUAACAGGCGGCCUGGACGAAAUCAGGAACGCGAGGGUAGCAAAUUGGCCGAAUGGGGUACCAUCCGGUGA